AGCUCCAUUCCAGUCAAAGUCAACGUUGGUGUCAACUCUCAAACCAACAACAACAACCAACCAACCAAGGCAGUAAAGUGGCCACAAACAACCAAGAGACCAGAUUCUCUCUUGAAAACGGCUGAUCGGUCAGAUUGGUUAGCCGCGCUUUCAUCUACUCGCCGCAUCGCCUCCUGUGUUCUGUCUACCCGGAUACGAGGCAACCCGAGCCAGGUCGUCAAUCUGGGUACUCAUCUGGGGGCCGCAUAUCGUCGUCGUCUACAAAUCGUUUAGCUCGUGCCUGCCACUAUCUUCCUCCCUCUGCCCCAUUGAACAUGGCGAUGAAUCGGACUAAAAACAAUGUUCGACUCCCUCCAGAAGUGAAUCGCGUGUUGUACGUGCGCAACCUACCUUACAAAAUCACCGGCGAGGAAAUGUACGAUAUCUUUGGCAAAUACGGCGCCAUCCGCCAAAUUCGGGUGGGCAACACACCCGAGACUCGAGGCACGGCAUUUGUAGUCUACGAGGAUAUCUUUGACGCCAAGAACGCCUGCGACCAUCUCUCCGGUUUCAAUGUGUGCAACCGGUACCUCGUGGUUCUGUAUUACCAAGCCAAUAAGGCCUUCAAGAAGCUAGACGCCGAAAAGAAGGAGGCUGAAUUGGUGGCUAUGAAGGCUAAGUAUGGACUGAAUACACCGGGACGAACUGAGACCAAAACAUGAGAAAGCCCAAUUGAUUUGUCAUUUUUUGUAUUGAAUGUUCGUCGCAUUUUUCAUGUAUAAAAGAAACCACAUAAAAAGUCAAGAUUUGAA